AUGCCAAACAAAAAACAAACCGUACUGUUUGUCCCUGAUCAGUUUGUGGGCCCUAUAAACGCCAGUAUAGGUAUGGCUGAGGUAUUGCGAGACACCGGUCGAUACCACUGUAUGUUUGCGGUGACCAACGAUUGGAAGUCACGGCUCGAGUCCAUUGGGUUUGAGGUGAAACACAUGGGACACCACGUGGCCGGGGAUGUAGUCUCGACUGACCCGCUUGAGAGUAAUGUGUCUGAGGUCGAGGAAUCGGGUCUUAUGGAAAACACCACUCCAUUGGAAAUGACUAUUCGUGGCAAUGAUUUCCUUGUAAACUAUGGUCUCAAAGAAAUGAAAGAAACGGAUCCAUUGGUUAAGGCUAUUAUAGAGCAUCUGAAACCUGAUGUCAUAAUUAGUGACCGGGUUGUUCAUUUACCCUCUAUUAUCACAUCAGGCAUACCCUGGAUAUUAAGUUGGAGUUGUAAUCCCUUGUCAUUAAACUGUGGAUACCCGGAUGACAUACUUCCACCGCCAUUUUUAGGAUUGCCGACAAAUAGUGAGACAGAAGUGAAGGAGAAAUACAGACAACAAGUGUGGGAAAGAAGUCGUGAAAAGUGGUAUAAAUAUAGGGAUCAAUUGGUUUCCAUGGGAUGUCCCAAACUUCAAGAAUUCCUAUUAUGGACCCCAUCCCCCUUUGCCAACUUAUAUAUGACUCCUAAGGAACUGGAUUAUACGGAUGUCAGACCACUUCCCGACACUUUCCAUGCAUUUGAUAAUUUUAAACGAACCGGAAAUGAAGACACGUUUGAAAUCCCAGAAACUCUUAAGAAUAGGUCCGGAAAACUGAUUUACUUUUCAUUGGGUUCUAUGGGUUCAGGAAAUGUAGAGCUUAUGAAGAGAUUGGUUGUGAUUUUGUCCAAAUCUAAGCACCGGUUCAUUGUCUCCAAAGGUGUCAAA